AUGGACAGUGAAGCUCUUCUUUAUGGUAUUAUAUCGAUUACUGUAAUAUCGCUAUUAUCACUAACUGGCCUUGUAUUUUUACCUGUCAUCAAAGGUGAAUGGCGAAACAGAUGGAUGCAAAUAUUUAUUGCUUUAGCUGUUGCAACAUUGAGCUCAGAUGCUUUACUUCAUAUUUUACCACAGAAAUUUGAAGAUGAAAAAUUUGCUUCCGAAGAUCAUUCAAUGUUGCUGAAAAUGACAGCCGUAAUCGGAGCCGUUUACAUUCUGUACAUAUUAGAAUUCAUCAGUGCUUUACCUAUUUGGAAAAAAAAAACUAGCAUGCCGAAAAUCAGGAAGACAUCAAUUGUACUGCAAAAUGGUUGGUCGGAUGCUGAAACGUAA